AUGAAGAUUAACGAAAAACGUUGUCGAGCAGGUGUUAACCUUAACAAGUUGUGCGCAGGCCCCGUGACUUACGACUGGCAAUCCUUUGAACACAAGGAGCACAUUGAGUUUGUCGACGGCAAACUGCAUGUUGAAGCUGCUGACCGCAAAACAUUGAAUAGGCUUUUGGCGGCACUGGGAGAUGGAGCUACCGUAAACAACAAAGAGAGGAGAAAUACAAUCACAGGGUACAUCAAUGGAUUGGAAAUUGAAGCGCUUAAUUUUGUGGCAAACAUUAUCUACCGUGUAUCCCGAAACGCGACCAUGGAGUGCCUGGCCACCAUCAUGUAA